AUGCUGGGGAUUCUGAUAGUGAGACUGUUGACGAGUAUGGCUCUGGCGUUAUUCGUUCUGCUUCAAAGGACCAAAUAUCCAGUGUUCUUUCAAGACUUCAAGGUCGUGCGUCAACGUAUAAAAGAUAAAUAUAGAGAUCUGGUGAAAAAAUACAACGAUGUUGUGACGGAAAACAAUAAAUGCAGGACAGUCCUAGCACAAACGCAGGACAAGGCCCUCGAUCGGAUCGCAAAACUGAAACGCGAAAAGAAAGCUCUUGGAGAAAAGUUGCGGGAACUGGAAGAAAGUCGGUCCACCUCUUCUCCGUCUGAUAUAUCAACUUUGGUGGCGGAUCGUGUGGCAAAUGAAUGGAAACAGAGAAUCGAUAAGGUGGAGGAGGAAUGGACGGAGCGGAUGAACAAAGUUGGUACUUUGCUCAAAAUUCAGCUAAAGCUUAACGAUAUUGAGGAAACUUCUUUGCAGAAUGAUGCCGAUCAUGCGAUACAGCUGGCAACAACGAAGGCUGACAUGCAUGCUGCGUUGGAAACGAAAGACAAGGAGAUUGAAUCUUGGAGGUCAAAAUGUCGCACCCUAGAGGUACAAGACGGGCAAGCGAACGAACGCUGGCAAAAGAAAGUCGAUGAACUACAACAAGUAAUUCAGGCACUGGAAGCAGAGAAGGGCGACAUGAUCGAGAAGCUGUCGGCAGCAAAAUUGCAAGGAGUCAAAGCUGUCCGAGACGAAGAAGAGAAAAAACGGGAAGAGCUUGUAGCUGAAUUCUCAGAAAAAGAACAGAGACUGCAGCAAGAGUUUGAAACAAGAUUCAGGCAGUUCGAGUCUUCGAAAGAGGAAGAAAUUCUACAGUUGAAAGCCGAAAUGGAGAGCAUUCGUGGUGUCGAAGGUUCCCUCAGAGAAGCUCACGUUCAUGAGACAAGCUUGUCCAAUGAGCUCGAGAGGCUGCGUAGCGAACUUGUGGCCUUGGACGAAACAAAGCAGAAGGAGGUAGCCGAGCUCAAGGAUUCUCUUACUACGGCGGCUGAAAAACAUCGAGCUGAAAUUGCUGAGUUGAUGCAAGAGCAUGAUGAAAUCGUAUCGUCAACACGAAAGCAACAGUUGAUAGAACUGGAGGCAAUGACAGCAAAAUUCGAAUUGGCUCGUGAGGAAGCGGAUAGUUUACGCCUCAAAAAUGAUACGCUGGAAAAACAACUGGAUCAGCUUGAUGAGACUUAUACCCUGGAACGCACUCAAGCGGAGGAGGCAUUGCAAAAACAAAUAGACGAACUUUGCGAGAAGCUGAAAAGUCAAGAAACAACACAUAAUAGCCAAAGUGAAGCUGAAAUGGCGGGCAUGCGCGAUUCGUACAGCCGGCUUUGCGAGUCCAAUGAUGAUUUGAAAAGGAAGCUUGAAGAAGUCACCAAAGUAUCCGUCGAACAAGUAGCAGAGGCGAAGCAGCUGGAGGCGACGUUGCGAGAAGAACUCGAUGAGUUGCGAGCCAUGUUAGAAUCACGUAAUAGUGAGUUCCAUCUCAUUGAGAUACGUAAGCAGGAGCUUGAAGAAGAGAUAGCUACUGCUCGCGAAUUGUCUGCAAUGCAUGAUCGUCUCAAAGCCGAAUUGGAGGUAAGCACGUCGAGUUCUUUCUCCCUCUUUUUAUUAUUACAAAUUGUUAGUUUUGGAUCACUGUUGGAGGAAGUUUCUCUCUUGUUUUUCAAGGAUACGCGUAAACAACGCGAUGAAGUCGAAUGUUUGGUGGCCUCAUUAACGGAGCGUGCUGAAAGAGCUGAAAAAGCGUUAAAAGAAGAUCGUGCCCUUUUGAUGGAGGAGCGUUCCAGUCUUGAAAAAUCAGUGGAAGAGCGGAAGGAGAAAGAUGCCUUGAUUUCCUUCUCAUCUGAAAGCGAAUUCGCGAACAAAGUAAAUGCACAUGGAAACAUGGCUUCAGUUUCGGAAUUGAGUGCACAAACUGCCGGUGAGAUGUGCACGAGCGAUGAAAUUCAGCAACUCCGAUCUGAAAUUGCUUACCUGAAUGAAAUGAAUACUGAACUGACAGCAAAAAUCAAUCACCUCGAGGAAGAAAACAACACAGUAAAGUUCACGAGGGAUGAGGCUCAACGAUUGCUCAGUGAACUGAAGACAGCCGGUGAAACGGUGCAGGGAAAGUUGGAGGUACCAGCCAGAGUUGGCGGAUCUGGAGACGAGCCUCUCGGCGUCUCCAUGAGUGCUGGAGAUGUUCAGCUGGAGAACAUUCGUUUGAAUGAGGAGUUGAAGAGAAACGUAGAAGAGAUCAUAGUUGUACGGAACCACCGAGCUGCUCUAGAGAAGGAACUUCUCGAGUUAAAAUCUCAGUUAGCUGAGCGGCAGUCGAAGGCUGACAAUGCAGAAGUUUUCGUACCUUUGCAGGACGAGGACAUAACUGAAGCUUGUGGAGAUAAGGUGUCUCGAUCGGACGACUCUCACCAUCGUAUUUCUCAGUUGGAAGAAGAGCUUCAAGUGCAACUGAAAGAAGUCGAUUGCCUAUCUCAAGCUGCAGCUAGCGAACGCCGUCGUGCUGAAAAAGCUCUGGAAGAAGUCAACGAGAAAUUAGCUCAGCAAGAAGCUCUCAUGAAUGAAAUCAAGCAGAAAGAUGAUGUGAUUGCUGGACUGGAAGAAGAAGUGAAAAGAUCUCUAUCGGACGACUCUCACCAUCGUAUUUCUCAGUUGGAAGAAGAGCUUCAAAUUCAACUGAAAGAAGUCGAUUGCCUAUCUCAAGCUGCAGCUAGCGAACGCCGUCGUGCUGAAAAAGCUCUGGAAGAAGUCAACGAGAAAUUAGUUCAGCAAGAAGCUCUUAUGAAUGAAAUCAAGCAGAAAGAUGAUGUGAUUGCUGAACUGGAAGAAGAAGUGAAGAGAGUGAGCACAGAAGAG